GCCCGACCGAAGACAGCCAUUGGCUGCAGAAAGUAAGGGCUCCCUGGGCAGAAACCCCAGCUCGUCCACUACCAGCUUGUUCCAGGAGUGCUCAAACGUGACCUUGUUUUGCGGUUGCUAGGAGACCUGGCUCCCGUUCGCCCCCCACUGGCCAGCUCAGGGACCGAAGCUGGAAGGGGGCGGGGCCGCGGCAGGUUCGGGAAGCGGUCGCAGCAGCACCGUUAAGACGGCCUCGCCCCGGGCGCCCGCCCGGCGCCUCUCGAAGCGGCGACCGGGCCCCUGCCACCGCCCAGGCCUAGCUGGUGCUCUCCAGAGCGGCUGCGAGCGAUGUGGGGUCUGGACGAGGCUUGGACCGUUAGUCAGCAGUCUCGUAGCUGGAUCCCCUAGGAGAAGUUGUAAAGCAGUAAGAAGAAAGCGUUUCAGUUUGGAACACUUUGUUGCAACUGGAAAUGGGGAAUGGACUGUCAGACCAGACCUCUAUCCUGUCCAGCCUGCCUUCGUUUCAGUCCUACCACAUUGUUAUUCUUGGUUUGGACUGUGCCGGAAAGACAACUGUCUUGUAUAGGCUGCAGUUCAAUGAGUUUGUAAAUACCGUACCUACCAAAGGAUUUAACACCGAAAAAAUUAAGGUAACCUUGGGAAAUUCUAAAACAGUCACUUUUCAUUUCUGGGAUGUAGGUGGUCAGGAGAAAUUAAGACCACUGUGGAAGUCAUAUACCAGAUGCACAGAUGGCAUUGUGUUUGUUGUGGACUCUGUCGACGUUGAGAGGAUGGAAGAAGCGAAAACUGAACUUCAUAAAAUAACUAGGAUAUCAGAAAAUCAGGGAGUCCCUGUACUUAUAGUUGCUAACAAACAAGACCUAAGGAACUCAUUGUCUCUCUCAGAAAUUGAGAAAUUGUUAGCAAUGGGUGAACUGAGCUCAUCAACUCCCUGGCAUUUGCAGCCCACCUGUGCAAUCAUAGGAGAUGGAUUAAAGGAAGGACUUGAGAAACUACAUGAUAUGAUAAUUAAAAGAAGAAAAAUGUUGCGGCAACAGAAAAAGAAAAGAUGAAUGGUGAUACCGUUCAUGUCUGUGUGGAGUAGGUUUUCUGUGGUCUGAUUUUGACAAAUGGAAGAGUGUCUACAGCCUGGUCUGCCUGCCUGCCCUCCUGGAUGCUGUUAAAGCUUUGUUUUUCUGGACAGUCAGAUGCCCAACUCUGUUGCCUUGUGAAGAUGAGUAAAUGCAGUGCUGCUUAAAAUGGUCUCUUCUCCCUACCCCACAAAUCUUCUGGUACUACCAUUUUGGGAAGCCAAGCAAAGAUAGUAAAUUGAUCAGAAAAGAGUUGUGGAAAUUUGACCUGAAGUUAGUGAAAUAAAACUUUGAAGAAGA